GGGGAAUUCCCCUCUAUAUAAACAACCGCACGCACUUGAAUCAUGAUGACUUCAAUACCGAAAACCCCAUACUGCCCAUCCCUCUCUCUCAGAACCUUCUUUCUUGCUCACCCAUUAAUGGAUGUCCUCUGGGCUCUUCUACUCCCUGUCUUUGCCCUCUGCUUCCUCAGCAGUGCCCUUUUGAGAUGGAACGAGUUGAGGUUCAAGAAGAAAGGGCUGCCUCCAGGGACCAUGGGUUGGCCACUUUUUGGUGAAACCACUGGUUUCUUGAAACAAGGCCCCAUCUUCAUGAAGAACCAGAGGGCCAGAUAUGGGAGUUUCUUUAAAUCACACAUUCUGGGCUGCCCAACAAUUGUUUCAAUGGAUCCAGAGGUGAACAGAUACAUACUUGUGAAUGAGGCAAAGGGGCUGGUUCCGGGCUACCCGCAAUCCAUGCUGGACAUUCUGGGCAAAUGCAAUAUUGCUGCAGUUCAUGGCUCUGCACAUAAGCACAUGAGAGGGGCAUUAUUGUCACUCAUCAGCCCUUCCAUGAUCAAAUCCCACCUCUUACCUAAAAUUGAUGAUCUCAUGAGAUCCCAUGUUAGCCCCUCUUGGGAUGGCAAAGUGAUUGAUAUUCAAGAAAAGACUAACAAGAUGGCAUUUCUAUCAUCAUUGAAGCAAAUUGCUGGCAUUGAAUCUACCUCCAUAGCUGAAGAGUUCAUGCCAGACUUCUUUAAGCUUGUACUCGGGACACUUUCGCUUCCAAUCAACCUCCCAAACACAAACUACCAGCACGGGUUGCAGGCAAGAAAGAACAUUGUCAGGCUACUGAGAAAACUCAUAGAACAGAGAAGAGAGUGCGGGGGAAAACACGAAGACAUGCUUGGAUUCUUGAUGAAUGAAGAACAGAAUCGAUAUAUGCUAAAUGACGAUGAAAUGAUUGAUUUAAUUAUAACACUUUUGUACUCUGGGUAUGAAACUGUUUCCACUACCUCAAUGAUGGCUGUCAAGUAUCUCAGUGAUCACCCUAAAGUUCUUGAUGAGCUAAGAAAAGAACAUAUUGCCAUAAGAGAAAAGAAAGCGCCUAAUGAUGCGAUUGAUUACAAUGACUUCAAAUCAAUGCGGUUCACUCGUGCUGUGAUCUUUGAAACUUCAAGAUUAGCCACAAUAGUAAAUGGAGUCCUGAGGAAAACCACUAAAGAUAUUGAACUUAAUGGUUAUAUCAUUCCCAAAGGAUGGAGGAUAUACGUGUACACAAGAGAGGUCAAUUAUGAUCCUGGACUAUAUCCUGAUCCAUAUACUUUCAAUCCAUGGAGAUGGCUGGAUAAGAGCACAGACAACCAAAAUCAUUUCUUGAUGUUUGGAGGGGGGACUAGGCAGUGUCCUGGGAAAGAGCUUGGGAUAGCUGAAAUCUCAACAUUUCUCCACUAUUUUGUAACUAGAUACAGAUGGGAAGAAGUAGGAGGGGAUAAAUUGAUGAAAUUUCCUAGAGUUGAAGCACCAAAUGGACUACAUAUCAGAGUUUCAUCCUACUAACUAACCAAUUCAUAAUGGGUUGGAGAUUAUUAUAUUGUACAUAAAGAGAAAGGGCCCAGAAUUUGAUUGUGAAUAUGAGCAAAGAUGUAAAAACCUCGUCCUCUAACACGUAGAAAUUAGUAUAUGUACCCUAUUUUUUGCAGGAUGUAUAAAUAGACAAGUUUCUCAUUUUAAUUAGUCUCCAUUUCAGACAUUGCAAGUAGCCAAAUAUUGG